AUGGAACGUGAAGGGCGUCUGACGAAACGAUGUUGUUUUGGUCUUCUUCUUCACUGGAGCAGGGCGUACGCUGGAUUUGCAAUUGUCGUUGGCGCGUUUCUUCCAGAAGGAACAGCUCAUGCUACGAGCGUUCUUAUCCCUUCAAAUUUUGCCCACGACUCCGCCUCAUCAUCGUCAACCACCGCCCCCGCCCCCGCCGCCGCCAUGGAUAUCGCUAGAAGUUUCCACAUGAACGAUGGUGAAAACGCGACCAGCUACGCCAAGAACUCUGCAUUACAGAAGGGAAUAAUUGGCAUGACGAAUCACAUAACAAUGGAGCUACUUAAAGAUUUGUAUAUGAAAACUGAAUCAGAAAAAAUGGUGAUAGCAGAUCUGGGAUGUUCUUCCGGCCCCAAUUCCUUAUCUGUGGUAAGAGAUAUGGUGAAGACAGUGGCGGAUACGUGCCGUGAAAACAAGCCAAUGCCGGAGUUUCUGAUUUUCCUCAACGAUCUUCCGUCCAACGAUUUCAAUUCCCUUUUUAAGUCUUUGCCGGAUUUCUACACCCAGAUGAUGGGGACUCCAUUAAUACUAUCCAUUGCAGCUUGUCCUGGUUCCUUCUAUGGAAGAUUGUUUCCUACCCAGUUCUUGAAUUUUGUUUAUUCUUCCAACAGCUUGCAUUGGCUCUCUAAGGCACGACUUAACGAUGAGAAAGGAAAUUCUAUAAACAAAGGAAACAUUCACAUCGCCGGAAACAGCCCCAAACAGGUGGCGGAAGCAUACACCGAUCAAUUCCGGGAGGAUUUUCCUAAAUUCCUCAUGUUAAGGGCGGAGGAGAUUGUCGUGGGUGGAAGAAUGGUUCUGAUAUUCAAUGGAAGAGCUGGCCCUGACCAUUUUGAUAGGGGAUUUUCUCUCUUAUGGUCACUUCUUAGUCAAUCCCUUAUCAUUAUGGCCUCACAAGGAGAUGUUGAUAUAGAGAAGUUAGAUUCUUUUGAUGCACAUUACUAUGGUCCAUGCAAAAAUGAGGUGGAAGAAGAAGUUAAAAAGCAAAGGUCCUUUGAAUUGGACCGGUUUGAGGUAAUCGAAUCAAACAUUGGAGUCAACAAUUGCAUUGCGGUGUCAAAUGGGAUAAGGGCGAUCCAAGAAAACCUAAUAAGGGAGCACUUUGGUGGAAACAUUAACAUCGACAAAUUGUUUGAGUUGUUCAGGAAUUUGUUAAUUGAAGAAGCAAAGAAAGAAGCAAUAAAGACUGUCCACUUUAUCGUCGCCCUAAGGAGAAAGGAAAUGUGA